CUCCCUUUCUCGUUGAGAAAUCAAUCCCCCAAAACAACCAUCACAAUGGCCUCCUCCCGUGUCUUCGCCUCUCGUCUGGCCUCCACCAUGGCCGCGACCACCAAGGUCGCCCGCCCUGCCGCUCGCCUCCAGCUGGCUCCCAAGCGUACCUUCACCACCCAGCGCAAGGCCGUCCCCAUGACCCCCUUCCAGACCGUCAAGCGCCAGUCUCCCUCCGGCCUCCUCCAGGCCAACGCCCGCCAGGUCUUCGCUGCCCAGCAGGCUCGCCGCCAGUACUCCUCUGAGAUCGCCGACGCCAUGGUCCAGGUCUCCCAGAACCUUGGUAUGGGUUCCGCCGCCAUCGGUCUCGGUGGUGCCGGUAUCGGUAUCGGUCUCGUCUUCGGUGCCCUCCUCCUGUCCGUCUCCCGCAACCCUGCUCUCCGCGGUCAGCUCUUCUCCUACGCCAUUCUGGGCUUUGCCUUCGUUGAGGCCAUUGGUCUGUUCGACCUGAUGGUUGCCAUGAUGUGCAAGUACGUUUAAAUUACGACCCGAGGGAUGAUUGCAGCUACGAUAUGAGUUUUCUCUCUCUCUCUCCGUCGAUCUCGCUUCGAUGAAUCACAUAUUCGAUGAAUUGGCCCGAUUUUGGAGGAUUCAGGAUACUUUAUGUCUGGCUGUGAUAGGAGGUAAUCAAUUGUGGUGGUCUUUUUAUAUAUCAUGUACUACUUUUCCCGUCAUCAUCUACAACCCAUCAAAUACACUGUACAUAUAGAGAUUUAAAAUGGCCACUAAACUCCACGGAGA